GCUCCACCAGAAGGGUUCCCGAUACUAUUCUGGGUUCAUGGUGGUGGCUAUGAAGUCGGAGCUUCGAGCGCUUUUGGUUACGCAGGGUUUGCCGAUAUCUAUGUGCCAAACGACGUUAUCUCUGUUACGAUACAGUAUCGCACUGGAGUGUACGGUUUUUUCUCGACUGGUGACUCACGGGUCCCGGGUAAUCUUGGACUGUUCGACAUGGCAGCUGCUCUCAAAUUUAUCUAUGACAAUGCACCAAACUUCGGUGGUGAUCGCACACGUAUUACCGUAUGGGGACUGAGUGCAGGAGGUGCCGCUGCUGGUCAGCUUGCCCUGAGCCCUGUCUCUAGAGAGUAUGUUGCUGGUUCAAUCGAGAUGUCCGGGUCACCUUGGGUCUUCUGGGGUAUUGGUCCAAAUGUAGCCAAAAACUCAAUAGAACUUGCAAAGGAACUGAACUGUACUGGAGAUGACCUUAAAACAUGCAUGAAGUCAAAAACCGUGGACCAGAUUUAUGAUGCGGUUCUCGAUGUAGGUUACACGCAAUCUACACUGGAUAGUGUCAAAUGGGGUCCAGUCCUUGAUGGGGAAUUCUUGACUUAUCCAGACGAAAUGGUCACAACAGCUCCACCGAAGCCUUCCAUAGUUGGCGUUGGUGACAAAGAUGGGACAUUCUUCAAUUGCACUGAAGAAACCCAUGAAUCGCCUGCACUAAUUCUGAAAACUGUAAAACUCAAAAUAAUUAACUCAAGAUUUGCAGAGUAUCUCUUCAAUUAUAAGACACUGAAAUGGUUAUCGCCCUACAUCCACAUGUACGGAUUGAGUCCGGCUGAUUACAAAAGAUUCGACAAAAAUAGCUUGGUCGAUUUCCUGAAGAGAAUGAUACGUCCCGACUUCUACGGCAAUAAAACAGAAGAGGUAUACAAAGCAGCAAAGAGUUACUAUGUAGAUCGAGAUGAUGAUUCUACCUGGGAAUUUUAUUUGGAUCGAUACACAGAGGCAAGAGCUUUGCAAAGUUAUACAUAUAUACAUAUACAAUACAUAUACCAAUGUGUUUAG